CUCUCUCUCGCUCGCGCGCACGCCGCCGCCCCAGUCCGGAGCCGGGAGACGCCGCCAUGGCCGACAACGCCGCCGCUGCCGCCGCCGCCGCCGGCCUGGAGAACCACCGCCUCAAGAGCUUCAAGAACAAGGGCCGCGAUGUGGAGACUAUGCGAAGACACAGAAAUGAAGUGACAAUUGAACUUCGGAAGAACAAAAGAGAUGAGCAUCUGUUGAAAAAACGAAACGUGCCGCAAGAAGAAAGUUUAGAAGAUUCAGAUGUCGAUGCCGAUUUCAAAGCACAAAAUGUAACCCUAGAAGCUAUAUUGCAGAACGCUACCAGCGAUAACCCUGUCAUCCAACUCAGCGCUGUCCAGGCUGCUAGAAAGCUGUUAUCAAGCGACAGAAAUCCUCCUAUCGAUGACUUAAUAAAAUCUGGAAUUUUACCCAUCUUGGUGAAAUGCUUAGAAAGGGAUGAUAAUCCUUCCUUACAGUUUGAAGCUGCGUGGGCCCUGACUAACAUCGCAUCAGGCACUUCUGCACAGACUCAAGCAGUUGUGCAAUCUAAUGCAGUGCCUCUCUUCUUAAGACUGCUCCAUUCGCCCCAUCAGAACGUUUGUGAACAAGCCGUGUGGGCUCUCGGAAAUAUUAUCGGUGAUGGUCCCCAGUGUAGAGACUAUGUCAUAUCACUGGGAGUUGUCAAACCUCUUCUCUCCUUCAUCAACCCUUCCAUUCCCAUCACCUUCCUCCGGAACGUCACAUGGGUCAUUGUAAAUCUCUGCAGGAAUAAGGACCCCCCACCGCCUAUGGAGACCGUUCAGGAGAUUUUGCCAGCCUUGUGUGUUCUCAUAUACCAUACAGAUAUAAAUAUUCUUGUGGACACCGUUUGGGCUUUGUCCUACCUAACAGAUGGUGGCAACGAGCAAAUACAGAUGGUGAUAGAUUCAGGAGUUGUACCUUUUUUAGUUCCCCUUCUGAGCCAUCAGGAGGUUAAAGUUCAGACAGCAGCACUGAGAGCAGUCGGCAACAUAGUCACUGGUACUGACGAGCAGACGCAAGUUGUUCUCAACUGUGACGUCCUGUCGCACUUUCCUAAUCUUUUGACACAUCCGAAAGAGAAGAUCAACAAGGCAACGGUUUGGUUCCUUUCCAAUAUCACGGCAGGUAAUCAGCAGCAAGUUCAAGCUGUGAUAGAUGCUGGACUUAUACCGAUGAUCAUUCAUCAGCUGGCUAAGGGAGACUUUGGCACACAAAAGGAAGCUGCGUGGGCAAUUAGCAACUUAACAAUAAGUGGGAGGAAAGAUCAGGUUGAGUAUCUUGUACAGCAGAGCGUCAUCCCGCCUUUUUGUAACUUGCUAUCGGUCAAAGACUCUCAAGUGGUGCAAGUGGUUUUGGACGGGCUGAAAAACAUCUUAAUAAUGGCUGGCGAUGAGGCAAGCACAAUAGCAGAAAUCAUUGAAGAAUGUGGAGGGCUAGAGAAAAUUGAAGCGCUGCAGCAACACGAGAAUGAAGACAUUUAUAAACUAGCAUUUGAAAUAAUAGAUCAGUAUUUCUCUGGCGAUGAUAUCGACGAAGACCCCAGCCUCAUUCCGGAAGCGACGCAAGGAGGCACUUACAACUUCGAUCCCACGGCCAACCUUCAAACGAAAGAAUUUAAUUUUUAAGCUCUCGAUAACAAACGCAGUCCAUCUCGUCUGUCCCACACCAAUAAGAUGUUAACCACCAGAUGGCUACCAUUCAAAAGAGGAAAAAGUUAAAAAAAAAAAAAAAGGUUCCAAGCAUAUGCCUUCUUGUUUGAUGCUUCUGAAGCAAGUCAUAUAUCGGGUCACUUUGCCGUUGCCAAAAGUCACUGUCACAUGGACUGUAAAAGCAUAUGCAUGAUCUCAUAAAACUGUUAUAGAAUUUUUUUUAAUAGCUCCUGCUACCUUUCCUCUUUUUUUGGUCUUUUCCCUUCUUCCCCGCGCCACAUGCCGAGAACCACAACCUGCAGUUUUGUUCCGAGUGUCCCCUUUAGCGAUGGCGCAUUGCCUUUCCACAGAGAAAGAAGCUUCCUUUGGACAAGAGCGCAGUGCUGUGGAUCAGGACUCCUUAAAGUUAGGAUAUGCUUACAUUUUUGGAAGACUUUUUUGGGAGGCCCGAUUCAUUUUUUAAAAAUUUUUUUGAAGCCUCCGCCAUGGUUGUUCGACAAACAUAUUUUCAUAUAUUUCACGUGGAGGAAUAAAAAAAAUAAAAGAAAAUGGAAGUUCAAAUUAUUUUCAUUGGUGAAAACUGAAAUUUAACAAAAAAAAACUUCUUGAAGAACUUGAUAAUUGAUUACAGGUUUAAAAAACAGACGUCUCAACUGGUAAUUGUGUUUUAUUACUGCCUCAGAAACUUGGAAAUCGAAGAAUGAACUUUUAGAUUUGGACUAGCAAAACUUGGCCAUUAUACCUAAUUUUUAUUUUUUGAGAACAGCAAGUUGUACUUGACCGCUCUUCAGCCUGUGUGUUCCUGCUGUUUUUUGAAGUAAUGAAGUGCUGUGCAUGGUAAUUUACCUGAGCUGCAAACCUGUUACAGACUUGAACUUCUGUUUAAAGCUGAAAGCAAGGGUUCCAGAUUAGAGAAACACAAAGCUAUCCCAAAUGAGCGUUGGUUUAAUGAGAAUCUUGCUUUCAUCUUUCGGUAGUCAGUAUAUUAUUAAUUUUUUUUUCCGUUUAAAUUUAUAAAUUGAACAAUGUUGAUUUAUAUUUUUGGGUUUAAAAACUGUGGAGCUUUUCAUGUUUACUGUAAUUUAGUCUUAAAACUAUUUUUACUUACCAGUGCUUUUGAUGAUGUGGUUGGCAACAAACUAGCAACUCUUCUUUUUUUAAAAAGAAGCAUCAUAAAAGCUUCGUUCUUUGGAGUAUUGGAAGAAAUGAUAGAAAAUUCUAGUCUAUAAACCUAUUUCACAUAGUUAAAAAGAUACAUACUAGUUGUGUGAGGCUUUGUGGGAGUUGCUGUGUGGUUCAGCAUAAGCAUUAAUAAUACUUGCAGCUCAGGGCAAAUGAAUUGGCAUGAGCUGAUAACAUAGGAGGUCGGUAGUUAAUGGGAAAAACUGUCCAACUUGGCUGUUUUUUUAGAGGGAUUUGGGAAUUGCUGUGGGUUAAAAAAAAAAAAAAGGUGAAAUUUAAACUCUUGUUUGCUGUUACACAAACUGGCUUUGUCGUUGCUGUUCACUGGAUGUAACUUUCCCAAUGCCUUGAUGUGAAGGGAUUACGAAACGAAACGAAAAUGUAAAACUAAUGUAAUUAUUGGAUGUGGGUUGUAUUUACUGUGAUGAAGAUAAGGACAGAUGCCAUCGAAGCUUGUCGAUCAGCUGUUUUUUUCCACUGAGGAACAAGACAUUUGCAGGUGUUCAUCCAUUUAAAUAUCUUCUCUGCCUAGGUGGAGCCACUUUAAAGAGCGAGUUGUUCUUGUAUCUCAAAAGGAUACAAGUAUGUGUCUUAAACUGCAAGAUUUUUACUUGCUAGAUGAUCUGUUUUAAUAAUAGUGGUUUGGCCUCUAUUUAUAGGUUUUAUAAAUUUGGGGGUGGGGGGGAGGGAAAUCAAUUUCUCUUUAAGGUGGCUCAGACUUUUCAACUCUUGUGCACAUAAAAAAUUGAGUUGAAAUUCAUUGUGCCUUUUCUUUACCCAGAUGUUUAAGUUAAAUUUUGGUAACUUGUGUCCUGUUCACACAUCGUCGAAGAUCCUGACAUUUUGUGUUGGCUGGAAAAAAAAAAAAGACACUAUCAAAUCAAAGUUAGAUAUAUGGUCACCGUUUUUGGAUUUUCAAAGGAGACAUGCAGCUGAUAACGUGAGCAGAUCUCUUCCCUAUUCCAUCCCUUUUAAAUAGUAAGCCUGUGUUCUAUGUCCUAGAUAUUACAUUCAAAACAAGUUUAAUGAUUUUCCACUAUUGUGGCAGUAGAGUGUGCCCCCCUUUGCACUCAGUGCAUAGAGACAAACAUAGGAAAAUUGAUUCAAGCGGUAACAUUUUUCUCAGUCCUUUAUCAGUUCUUGAUUGGGAUUCAGCCAUUUCAUAGCUAAUAAAGGAAGCAAACGUUUGGACGCAGAAACCAUGCUGUGCGAGCGGAAGGCCCACUCUGCUUGCAGAAGACGCUGCCAGUUUCCUUCUCCGUGCGACACCCUGCAAUCUGGCUCGGGGGAGUCCUGCAGAGCACAGCUUCAGGGGUCACAGACAAGGAAUCGGCGGCACAAAAGCAAUCUCUCUCCUCCCAUGCAAGCAGAAAUCCUUCCGCUCACGCUAUGGGAUCCUGGGAUCCAAGCCAAAAGUAUAUUUGCUGCACUUUUUAAGUUUUCAAAACAGUGUUUUAAAAUUGCUUUGUUGUUUAUUAUUUUUUUAAAGAACUUAUCAGUUAAUAGAUUUAAAAUCAUUCUUUCAAAAGAGGCAUCUAAAUGUGUUCCUAAUUUUGUAUAUGGGCUUAGGUUUUAUAACCAAUAAAAAGCUGCUAUCGAAUAC